CCCACCUUCAUGUACACUACAUCGUCCCUGUUCCUGCGCACGCUCGCCCAGGUGGGCAUCACGCAUGCGUUCGUCAACUGGGGCUCGGACCACCCCGCGCUUCUCGAGGACCUCGAGCGGCAGCGCGUCGAAGACGGGAAGACUGCACUCGAGAUUAUAACGUGCCCCAAUGAGAUGGUCGCGCUGAGCGCCGCUCAGGGGUAUGCGCAGGUCACUGGCAAGCCUGCUGCGGUUAUCGUCCACGUCGAGGUUGGAACUCAAGCCCUCGCAGGCGCGAUCCACAACGUCGACGUUGGGCGUGUGCCCGUGCUGAUAUACGCCGGCUCGUCCCCGUUCACGUACGAGGGAGAGCUCAAGGGCUCCCGGAACGAGUGGAUCAUGUGGUUGCAGGACUUUCCUGACCAGGCCCACGCUGUGCGGCAGCACGUCCGGCAUGUCGCACAGAUUGACUCGCCUGUGAACCUCACGCAGACCGUGCGCCGCGCACUGCAGAUCGCGACGUCCGAGCCGAAGGGCCCGGUUUACCUUUGGGCACGCAGAGAGGUGAUGGAACAGGACAUAGACGAGGCGCUCAUGCGCGCGCCGAUCUCGAUGCUCAAGUGGCCCGCUAUAUGUCCUGCUGCUCUUUCCCCGCAAAUCGUAUCCGCAAUAACCUCCGCCCUCCUCGCCUCCACCCAGCCCCUCAUCCUCACCUCCAACAUCGGCCGCAGCUCCGCCGCAAUCAAGCCCCUCCUCGCGCUCAGCGCGCACCUCGCGAUCCCCAUCAUCUCGACCGUACCCUCGACCACAAACUGCCCGCACUCGCACCCGUACUUCCUCGGGACGACCUACCUCGCAGCGGGGACACACCACGCGGUCCUGCAGCGCGCGGACGUGAUCCUCAUCGUGGACACGGAGGUGCCGUGGAUCCCGGGGAACCGCGAUGCACAGGGCAACUUCGAGAAGCCGAGCGAGAGCGCGCGUAUUUUUGUGCUGGAUGGCGGGGACCCGCUGAAGAGCCGUGUCGGGAUGUGGCAUGUCGAUGCGGAGGCUGUGGCGCUUGCGGAUGCGGGGGUUGCGCUGGGGCAGAUUGAGCAAGCUGUGCGAGCGGGCGCGGAAGGCGUUCUUGAUGAGGCGAGGGUGAAGGAGAUGGCGGGGGAAAUGGAGAAGCUGCAUGAGGAGUGGAUCGCGGGGAUGGAUAAGGCGGAGGGGUUUGGGGUGGUGGUGCCUCUUCCGCUGACGAGGGUGCAGAAGGGAGAGCAGCCACCGUCGCCUCCCAUUUCCCCAAUUUCGCCCGUGUCGAAGCGUCGCAAGGUUUCCUUCUCGAGGAAGAGCGACGACAUGGAUACGGCCACCGAUGAUACUCGGUCUGACUCUCCUUCCACGCUGGGCGAAGAUGCGCCCCAGAGUAUACUGAUGGGACCAACGAGACCAGUGAAGAACUUCACGACUCCUCAAAUUGUCGCCUCUCUCCGCCGCGCGAUCAACGAGCUCGUUCCACCGAGUGGCGCGCUCGUCCUGAACGAGACAGUCACAAAGUACCCGCUGAUUUGGGAACACACCCGCGCAGAAGGGCGCAUCGCCUCCAACCUGAAAUCGUCAGCGUCAGCCGACGCGGGCAAGAGCAUAGGCGGCGUCAUCACCUCGCGCGGAUCGUCGCUCGGCUGGGCAAUCGGCGCCAGCGUGGGCACGAUACUCGGCAGCCGCGUCACAGAUGCACAGGACAGCAUAGGCGAUCUCGAGAGGCGGAGAGGCUUCGACUUCGCGGCUGCCGUCGUAGGCGACGGGUGCUUCAUGUUCGGCGUGCCGUCGACGGUGUUUUGGAUGGCCCGCAAGUACAAUGCUCCGUUUCUUACGGUUAUCUUGAACAACUCUGGCUGGGGCGCACCGAUGGGCUCGAUGCUCGGCGUGUAUCCACACGGGCUCGGGUCGGCCGCAGGAGGCCAGAAGCUGAGCGUCGGGUUCGGGCCGAACGUCCCUGACCACUCGGGCGUCGCCGUCGCCGCGAGUGCUGGCUGGGCAUGGGGACGGCGGGUGAGUGCUCAUGGUAUCGAGCAGGGCGGUGUAAGGGUGCAGGAGGACGAGACAAACGGCCGGAGCCCAAAAGAAGUUCUGGACAUGGUCAUUCGAGAGGCGGUGCGAGUGGUGCUGGAGGAGCGGCGGUGUGCAGUCGUGGAUUGCGUUUUGGACGCUAUAUGAACGUAACGUUGACAUAUUUUGUUUUCAUUUCCAUGCGUCAAAGAUAAUCCUGGUGUUUUUUU